UCAGGACGAUGGCGCUCAUAGCUCCGCGCUCCGUUUGGAGAUGCUUCUCUAAUGUCUCGGGUUUUGUCAGGGCCUGGGCCCCCCUGCUGAGUCCGGUGCCCAACAGGACCGUUUACAGCUGUAUCGACCCUUCCAUAGGGCUCUCAGAUGACCAAAAAGAAUUCCAGAAAAUUGCCUUUAGUUUUGCUUUGAAUGAAAUGAGUCCACACAUGGCAGAGUGGGAUCAGAAGGAAAUUUUUCCAGUGGAGACAAUGAGGAAAGCUGCGCAACUUGGAUUUGGUGGGAUUUAUGUUCGUCCAGAUGUUGGGGGAUCAGGACUAUCACGAGUGGACACCUCAAUCAUAUUUGAGGCCCUGUCAACAGGCUGUGCAAGUACCACUGCUUACAUCAGCAUUCAUAACAUGUGUGCCUGGAUGAUCGACACAUUUGGAAGUGAGGAGCAACGCCAUAUGCACUGUCCUAAACUAUGUAGCAUGCAGAAGUUUGCUUCCUACUGUCUUACAGAGCCAGGAAGUGGCAGUGAUGCAGCUUCACUAAUAACUACCGCAAGGUGGGAUGGAGACUCCUACGUUCUCAAUGGUUCGAAGGCUUUUAUCAGUGGAGGAGGAGACACUGAUCUAUAUGUCUUGAUGUGCAGUACGGGAAGCAAAGGUCCCAAAGGUAUUUCUUGUUUGUUGGGAAAAGGUACACCUGGACUCAGCUUUGGCAAAAAAGAGAGAAAGAUUGGAUGGAACUCUCAGCCAACUCGAGCUGUGAUAUUUGAGGACUGUGUUGUUCCAGCUAGUAACUUGAUUGGAAAAGAAGGUGAAGGAUUUUCCAUAGCCAUGAAUGGACUGAAUGGCGGAAGAAUCAACAUUGCUUCAUGCUCGUUAGGGGCUGCAUAUGCCUCCAUUCUCUUGACUCAAGAUCAUCUCAAAGUCCGCAAACAGUUUGGGAAACCUCUUGCCAGCAGUCAGUAUCUGCAGUUUAAACUGGCUGAAAUGGCGACCGGAUUGCUGGCAGCUCGUUUGAUGGUGCGUAAUGCUGCUGCAGCUCUUCAGGAGGGUCGACAGGAUGCAGUCGCCCUGUGUGCAAUGGCCAAACUCUUUGCAACUGAUGAAUGUUUCACUAUCUAUAAUCAGGCGCUACAGAUGCAUGGUGGCUAUGGUUAUCUAAAGGAUUAUGCUGUACAGCAGUUUGUUCGAGAUAUCAGGGUGCAUCAGAUCCUAGAGGGUACCAAUGAAGUAAUGCGAAUGCUUAUCUCAAGGAACCUGCUCGAGGAAUAGUUUUUCUGCAUGCUAGGCCAGCUGUGCGCAAGAGAAACAACUCAUCUUAUUGAUUGUAUGUCCUGGAAAGAUGGUUCAAAUAACAGUUGCACAUCUACUCGUUUAAAUGAGAAAUAUUUAUAGCUAUGAACUAGCCUCUUCCAGAAAGAGAAGAGCAUCCAUACCCACCAGUGUAAGGUAUCUGACCAGUAAAAUGUAACAUUUUUGUUGUUUACUUCUUUUAUGGACCUGUACUGUACGAGUCCCAUGCAGUUGGAAACCCAUCUGUAGCAACAUGGCACAAGCACUCCAACCGUAAACAAAUUCUCAUUGUUUCAUUGUUACUAUUAUCACAGCACCACAACUGUCCACUGAAUUGUGGGUAUAACCAAAGGGCCUAACUAGAUACUGAACCAACUGGUGAAAUACUGCCAUUUUAGAAAAGACUUGGUAAGAAACACUGUCGAUUGCAGACAUGAAUGUUGUUAAACCAUUAUGUAACUUGCCCUCUGCAUAAACCUGUUUGAGAGUGGAAUUAGGUGAGCUCCAGAGCACGGAGUGGACUCUGUGACACAAGCAUUGCUUUUCAGCCCUGGCUGUUCCAACCAGUACUGCGUGUGAUGAAUUGAAAAUGGCUCAGGAAGCUCGAUUCUCAUCAGGAGAUGUAAAAAUUGCCCUUCUCUACUUUCUAAACAAAUGCCAAAUAAAAUAACUGAGCACAAUGAAGGCACUCAAAUGACCUAGUUAACCCCUGUUAACUGGAUGUUGAGGCCUGAAUAUAGAAAAGCAAAUUGUUUUUUGUGAUAUUUAAGAUAUAACUAUUAAUUCUUUGUCCCUUUCUCAGGUAAUUAAGCAAGCUCGAUGGGCUUCAGAAAUUGAGUUCAGCCAAGAAUAGGAACAAUGCUGUGUUACCGUACGACAUCAUGCAGAAAUAAAUAGGCAAAGCAUGUGAGGAUGGUCCUGUUCAAGCCAGGAGAGCAUUAUACAAACAUUGUGAAAUCUGAGAUUAUUCUAUGAAAGGCUCUUCAUUUAAUCAAUAGAGGUAGCACGCCUGGAAUGUGUUGCAAAAUCUAACCUUCAAGCACUAUGUGAGACUGCGUAAUUGUUUAGCAUUAUCAAGUAACUUGUGUAAGCCAAAAUGAGAAAACAAGUAAUUAAAGAGGAUGAUAAAGGUACACAUGACAGCUCAGAAAAGGGAAGCAGCCAUGAAUGAAACAACUAGUGCUGUAAGUAUUUAUUGAUUGUAACAAUAUCUGAACUGCAGAUCUAAUUUUACUGAGCCUCCUGAGUAUUCCAAAAAUCUAUGCUGUACUUCAGUCAUAACUCAAUUACUACUCAGAAGUUAAAGUACCUUUCUACCUGUUAUACUUUAAGUACGUUGGGUAUUGCAAUAGAUUUUACUGAACUUGUAAUUCAGAGACCUGAACAAAUAAAACACAGUAUGAGUUCAGAUUCCA